GCGCGGUAAAUUCGAAUUACUUAUUUUCUCGGCGAUAAGGAAGAUGGCUUGUGUUGUGUGGUUUGAAAAUCUCGAGGAAACUACCGAGCUCUACUCCCUCAUGGAAAAAUUAAAGACUUUUCAGGAUUGGGGAGAUAAGCCGACAUGUAUCCUAAUCUUCAAAAAACCCGACAACCAUAAUGGAGUAGAAGGAGCACGAGUCUAUCACCCUGUGGAGUUUUUUGUAGAGAUUUACCGAACACACUUCGCCAAAUCUCCAUUUUGUGACUCAUUCUACGGUCUGACAGACCAGUUGGUCGCUCUACAGCUUGUCAUGGCGAAGAUCCACAAGCAGGAGGAAGGCACAUUUGAAGUUGAUUCUACUAGAGUGAUAUCUACACACCAAGAAGUGAUAAAAACUAAACUUGGAAUACCAACUAUGGGCAUUGUACCCACUCAAAUACUGACAAAUUAUAAUCAGUUCCUGGCAUACUGUCAUGCUCUGGACUAUGCUGACCUUGCCAAGAAAGUUUCCUCCUGUUUCCUGGAAAAUCCAUCUGUCAGUGAAAUAUACCAGGAGCAAACUCAAUAUGCCCUUAUCGGACAGCCAUCUUCAGAUGUAGAAAAAGAGAUGUUAAGGGUGCUUUUCAAGGACAAGAAAAUCUUAAAGCUUGGCUCAGCUUCACUGGACAUUACCCACACAACUGAGUUGACAAUUGAGGCCAUCCUGAAUGAUGCUUACAAGAAAACUAGCCCAUCAAGCACCCCACAAACUAAAAGUUACAAUGCUUCUAGUGCUGUCACACCUGUGAUGCGUAAAGCAAUGUACACACCUCAUCAGAUGUACACACCUCAUCAGCACAGUCCACUGAUGACACCUUGCGCAUCACCAUUGUCUCAAGGAUUUGAAACAAAGGAACAGUAUGCGUCCUCUGUACUGCUGAGUUAUCUUCAACUCUUGGUGAACACGCGGGAUGAGCUGGCCCUUGCUAGAGUAAUCAAUACUCCCGACAGAGAAUUAGGGGUAAAACAGUUUACCUCGAUCAGAAAGGUGGCGGAACAGAAGAACAUGACAAUGUUCCAGACAACAACAUCAUUUAUCUUACAAAUAAGACUGGGCGGUAAGGGCUAUGCCCCUUCUUGCAAUAACCCUCUUCACCUGAUGACAAAGGGACUUGGCGAUUUUGUGUCUCUUAUGCAAAAACUACAAAAUGUUCUAGAAGACAUGGCAGAUCCAAAGGCGGCGGUAUCCCGCGUGUUGACGGUGUUACAAUCUACGCUCAUCAAGGCCAAGUCCCUCACGCUCCAAGCCGAGCACGUCAGGGUAGCAGUCAACUCACUGAACAAACAGCUCGCACUGCUGGCAUCCAGCGCCCUAGCACCACAGGCUGCCCAGCCGUGCCAUAUAGUCGGCGUGAACUCGUUCCGACUGAUUGCUCGAUUGCUUGACGCGAACAUGCUUUGUAGCUAUAACCAGACAGCGGUUAUCCAUAGAGAGUUGUCCACGCCCACAAUGAACAAGUGCAAAGGGCAGUCGCUGUUGACAAAAUUCAGAACUCCGGAAGCCUCGCCUCCAGGAGAUGCGGACGGACAGGCGGAACUCGAGGACGCGAAUGAGUCAUUCAAGGAAAACAGACAGAAGUCAACCCGUAGGAGUGAUGGUGAUAUGCCCGCCCUAGGUACGACUGCACAAGACAACUCCUCUCAGCGCUCUAUACCGUGCACGAAACCAUUCGGCAUAUUCACGGUUGAAACACCCAAGUCCCAGCCUGGUAAAAGACCAAGGGGGUGCGUCUAUGGACUUGAUUGCGACUGGAGUAAGUCUCCGUUAAGAAAGCGACCAUGCGAGUCAGCGCAGGACCAGGAGAAUAUGGUCCCUUGUGGCGUGUCCCUACAGACAGAGGGACCCGUGCAGCGUGAAGAGUCCACUGUAAAAAGCGGCCUUUUGCCAGCUAGGAAACCUGCGCCAAAGAACAAACGAGAUACCAAAAAGGCUACAAGCAAGCGUAAGAAGACCACGAAGAGUGUAAAGCAGAUACAGGGACAGAGACAGAUGACCCACUUUUUCCGGUAGCUGAUGGCCGAGGGGGCCUUGGCCCCCUCUUUUUUAUUUCUUUUUUAUAUUUAAGCAAUUUUCUUGCUAUGUAAAUAGAUUUAUAA